ACUGGAGCCACCAGAGAAGACUGGAAGCCUUUUUCCUCUUUUACUUUCUAAGUUUUUAGCAAAGCUAACUCUUGGGACAUCUUUCUUUUGAAUGCAACUUUUAACUUUUUCUUUUUCUGACAUUUUCACCUCACAUUUAAGCCUCUGUUUCAUUCACAAAAGUAUAAAAAUCGGUAAUCGCAUUGUCUUCAUUUGAAGAUCUUGAAUCGCAUCCAUCUCUGCCUGCAGAGCUGCCAUUGCUUUUUCAUUUUUGGAGGAAAUUUGAAUAAAAUCAUGUCAGACCUGAAUAUGAUUUAGCCCAAAGAAGGACCAAGCUUAAGCAAAGACUGCAAAUUUACCAGAAAGAAGAAGAAAAAGGAGGAAAAAAGAAGAUGGAUUCAAGAUUUUGAUGUGCACCUUUGCAGCAAGAGAGGAGGGAGUAGAGGACUGAAGGUGUUUCCUUAAAGUUUUGGAAACUAAAACAUCCCCAAGUUUGAUGUCCAGAGCUCCAAAGUUUUUCAAGCAACCAUAAGAAACGCCAGGUUCCAACAUCGGUAUCUGGAUGCAGGCUAUUCCAUCCCAGGUGAAGGAGAGCAUGGCGUUCAACUAGGAGAAGGCUGUGAGCAUCUGGACGAACAGCUUAGAUAAUUCUGGACUGAGCAAACACAGAAGUGCUGAUUCGGCUGAUUCAGUUGGGUCUAAUCUGGGGAUCUGACUCGUUUGACAGCUUGUAUUCAUAAUUAGACUUCCUGGAUUGACAGUAGGGUGUAAGACACAGCUGUACUCUGACGCUGAUAUAAGUCAAAGUGUGAUAGCAUCUCUUGACCUUCUUUAAACUGAGUUAAAACGCUCAAAUUCCACCGUCAUGAGACUCUUAAACCCCUGUCGGCGGUCUCUGCUGAUGCUGCUGCUCUGGACCUUCUCAGCCAUCAUAGAAGCUGCCGGCGUUUCAAGCACAGAGCGAGGAGGAGCAGGACGGAGCCAGAGAAGAAGAGGAGGCAGUAGCAGUGGCGGUGGUGGUGCAGAGAAGAGGAGAAAGUUCCACCGCAUUCAGCAUGGUCAGUGCAGCUACACCUUCCUCCUGCCUGAGCUGGAUGGAUGCCAGAGCGGAGGAUGGCCGCCACAGGCUGAGCAGCAUGGCGGCUCUCGAGGUGGGGCAAGCAUCGUGCAGAGAGACUCGCCGCCGAUUGACAGAGAAUGGUCGGCUCAGAAACUGCAGCACCUGGAGAGCACGAUGGAGAACAACACGCUGUGGCUGCAGAAGUUGGAGAGCGUCGUUCAGAGGAACAUUAGACAAGGUGUCUCUACCAUACCUCCUCACAUCAUCCACAACCAGACAGCGGCCAUGCUGGAGAUCGGGACAAACCUCCUCACUCACACGGCUGAGCAGACGCGUAAACUCAACGUGGUGGAGGCGAAGGUAAUGAACCAGACCUCUCGGAUAGAGAUCCAGCUGCUGGAGAAUUCUCUGUCCACCAACAAGCUGGAGAAGGAGCUGCUGCUGCAGACGUCUGAGAUCAGCCAACUACGAGACAAAAACAGUCGUUUGGAGAGUAAAGUUCAGAUGUUGGAGUCUCUGCAGAAAGGAGAACUGGAGAACAUGAGGGAGGAGAAGAACAGACUGCAGUCUGUGGUCAGGACCCAGAUGGCGGCCAUUGAGUCUUUAGAGAGGCAGCUGAGGGUCGCCAGCAGCAACAACACGGCUCUGCAGAGGCAGCAGGCUCAGCUCAUGGAGUCGGUCCACACGCUCAUCAACAUGGUGGCUACUACAGGAUUACCUCCUGAGAGCCAGAUGUGGAAGGACUGUGCAGAUGCUUAUAAAUCUGGUCACUCUGUCAGCGGUCUGUAUCAGAUCUACAUUGGUAACAGGACUGAACCUGUUCAGGUUUUCUGUGAUAUGGAGACAGCUGGUGGCGGCUGGACGGUCUUCCAGCGGAGAUUUAACGGCAGUGUGGACUUCCAGAGAAGCUGGAAGGAGUAUAAAAUGGGUUUCGGGGAUGUUUUGGGUGAGCACUGGCUCGGUAAUGAAGCUCUGCACCUGCUGAGCAGUCAGGGCCAGUACUCCAUGAGGGUGGAGCUGAGGGACUGGGAGGGAAACCCCGCCCACUCCCAGUAUGACCGGUUUACUCUGACCAGUGAGAGACAGCAGUACAGGUUGUAUCUUAGAGGCUACAGUGGCACAGCGGGGAGGCAGAGCAGCCUGGCCACCCAGGGCGUCAGCUUCAGCACCCGAGACCAGGACAACGAUAACUGUGACCACUGCAAGUGUGCUCUGAUGCUCACAGGAGGUUGGUGGUUCGAUGCUUGUGGUUUCUCCAACCUGAACGGCAUCUACUACACUAUCGGUCACAACAUCAGGAAACUGAAUGGUAUCAAGUGGCAUCACUUCAGAGGACCCAGCUACUCACUGCAGUCCACCUCCAUGAUGAUGCCCGGUGACUUCGCUAUCACGUGACUCUUACUUCUGUCCCUAAGAGGCUCCAGUAGAAUCUCUUCCGGUAGAGCAACGCAGCUGAGCAGUGUUAGCGG